AUGGGAUUUUGGUUGAAUUUCUUUAAAUCCGGAAGUAAGACUGUUGCUAAUUCUGGAUCAGCGACAGGCAUCGCUGUUGACAGUUCAAAAUAUUCCAAUUGGAAUAAAGAGAACUUGAUCAAAAGAAUAAGAGAACUUGAAGGAGUAGAACCAAAUAGGGCUAAGGGAUCUAAGAAGAGAAAGAAUGACGAAGAGAGUAUAAAGGGAAAUUCUUCAAAGAGGUCUAAGAAAAAGAAGCCUAGAGAAUUUGAUUUCGCACAACAUAAUACAAGAUUUAUUGCUCUUAAAUUUGCUUAUUUGGGUUGGAACUAUAAUGGUCUUGCACUUCAAAAGGAGGCUACAAAGCUUCCAACUGUAGAAUCCAUAUUAUUGGAUGCCAUGAAUAGAUGUAAAUUAAUCCCAUCUAUGGUUCCACAGGAUUCCAAAUUCAGUAGAUGUGGUAGAACAGAUAAAGGUGUUAGUGCUAUGAGUCAAGUAGUAUCUUUGAAUAUUAGAUCUAAUUUAACUGAUGAAGAACAAAAGGAUCCCGCAAACGACUCCAAAGAACUUGAUUAUGCUCAUAUUCUAAAUCAACAAUUACCUAAUGAUAUUAGAGUAUCAGCCGUGGCAUUAAGACUUCCUGAAAGUUUUGAUGCUAGAUUUAGUUGUAAGAGUCGUCGUUAUAAAUAUCUGUUUAAUGCAAAUGGUUUAGAUCUUGAAAAGAUGCAAAAGGCAGCAAAAAUGUUUGAAGGUGAAAAUGAUUUCAGAAAUUUUUGUAAAUUAGAUGGAUCUAAACAAAUUACUAACUAUCAUAGAAAUGUUAUUAGUGCUAAAAUCAUGAAAUAUAAUGAUAAAUUCUAUUGUUUUGAUUUAGUAGGUUCUGCAUUUCUAUGGCAUCAAGUACGUUGUAUGAUGGCGAAUCUUUUCCUAGUGGGUCAAGGAUUAGAAGAUGAUACUUUGAUAACCAAUAUGUUAGAUAUUGAAAAGACUCCACAAAAACCAAUAUAUGAUAUGGCUAAUGAUCUUCCAUUAAUUUUAUAUGAUUGUGAGUUUGAUUGUGAGAUCGAAUGGUUAAAUACCAAUGUCAAUGAUUUUAAAUCUGUUAAGUAUGGCAAAGCUGUUGAUGCUUUAAAAUUGAAAUAUGAUUUAAAGGCAUGUUUAACAGAAUUAUUGGAAGAUUCUUUACCAUCACAAGAAUUUUCAAUGAGAGGCAAGACUAGAAUCAAUACUGGUGAUGGACUUGGAAGAAUUGUAUCUCGUUAUCAAAAGAUGGCCGACAGAGAUAUCAUGGCUGGUGUUGAAGUUGUUAAUGCCAAAUACAUGAGGAAGAAAGAGAGAAAGAAAGAGAGUAAGAAACUUGACAAUUCUAAACAGAAUUGA